CAGUCUGUCUGUGUCGUUUCCAAGAUGGCGACCUCCUGCGGGCUCGUGCGUGCCUGGAGGCGGCUGAGUCUGGGGGUCCCGCCGCGCAGGGCAUUGUGGGACGGCCUGAGCAGGAAGAAGGUGAGAGAACCAGAGGUGGUUGAAACAGCUGUUCUAGUGAAAGAACCACCCAUCCUGGUAUGUCCCCCACCACGCAGUAGGAAGUACCUUCCCCCAGAGGAUCUCCAGAGUCGUCUUGAGUCUCAUGUCAGGGAAAUCUUUGGACCCUCACUCUCUGAGGACUGGCAAAAGGCCUCACUAAAAGAAAGCAAGUUAAAGUAUCGCCUGCUGGCGCAACUGGCUGCAGAACUAGGCCAUGCGGUCCCCAAUUCACGACUCCACCAAAUGUGCACUGCUGGGGAUGUCUUAGCUUUCUACAGCACGCAGGUCAAAGAUGCCUCAAAAUUUGAUGAGCUAUGCACUGCAGAGCUGCCUUCAAACCUAAAGAUUAUGUGGGAACACUGAGUCAUGCCAGAGAAGAGGGAUGACUUCUGGGAUGAUGUCUAAGCGACAUUCAUCAUGGUGAUGGUCUACACAUCAUAUACUCCGUUGGGAAUUCAUUUAAAUGUCUUCAGAUUUCAAGGACACGGCUUACUGCUUCCAAAAAAAAAAAAAAAAAAGCUUUUGUUAUGAUGCAACAGUGACAGCUGGUCAGUAAAGAGAACAACAUUUGUAUCCCCUCUAUUCCAGGCCAUGUUCCUUAUUUAAGGGUACAGCAACACUGCAAAAACAAACUAGCAGAUAGUUUCAGAGACUGGGUCAACUGACUCAGGCUUAUAGUAGGAGGCUCAGACUCAGGGCUGUAUGUCUCUUUUGCUGUGUUGACAUACCCUACGAGUAAUAGAGGUUGAGGAUAAACAAAGGGCACUGAUCCUUGCAUCACUGUAAACUUCAUUACUGGAAUCGGUAUUGCAUAAUGGGGUUUAGUGACUUGCCAUAUACAUGAUGUAGAGAGAGGUGAAUAUUGAGGGAAUUUGUCAGACUUAUUCAUGUCUGCUGGAGCUAACAGAUUGUGGAGGAGGGGUGGGGAAAAAAGUCACCCUUUCGCUUUCUCCAGUGUAUCUUGUAACAGUCAGCCUUCUCUGGAUGGCGUGGAAAUGUAGGUCCUAUCAGCAAUAGCACAAUCAAAGCAAUUCCAGAUGCACAGUCCUCAAAUCCAUUAGGUGUAGGGUGUUUAGAUUACAAAUUGGCUGCUCUUGAAGAAAGUGCUGUGUGGAUGUACCAAAACACACAACUGGUUGCUUUUAGACAAUGAGCUCUAGGCUAACUCAAAACAACCAUUGUCUUAAGUU